CGAAGGAUAAUUUUGCUGUAUCACAACAGCUCUUCCCCAUCUUCUCUAGCUGCUUUUCUUCGAUCAUUGAAGCAUCCACCCAGAAAAACCCUAAUCCUCCAGACAAGAAAUGAGCUCUUUCUCCGUUAAAAAGUCUCCAACUUCAUCCUUCCUCUUCCCAAAAAUCACACCUUUACUUAUACGACAUCGUCUCACUCUCCCAUUACUCGUUCCUCCUCACAAACCACCAAGAUUCCGCAUCGUUGCUUCUCUCUCUGGUACUUCAUGGGUCUCUCAAGCUUCUAAAGACAAAUUUGGUGGUUGGGCUCUUGUUGAAGAUGAAGCUCCUUCUCCUCAUUCGAAAACUAAAAAAAAGUGGAGAAAUGUUGUUAUCACUGGUAUUGGAUCGUCACUUGCUGUUGUAUUAGCUACUAUUGCUUACUUCUCAAUCUCCAGAAAAGGUUUUAGGUUUUGCUUUAGUAAUCCAUUGCAUUAUCAAAAUGUGGAAUUGGAUCAGAAUGAUAAUGAAGAAAGUGAAACUCUGUUCACUGAUGAGAACAAUUCUGUUUCUGAGGCUAACUCUGAAAGCAUUGACUAUGUUUCAGACACUACAUCAACCGGAAAAACUCACCGUGUCACCACUCCGGUUGCUGUGGAUGUUGCUCAACAAGAAGCAAUAGCAGUUUUAAAGAAACUAAAGAUAAUUGAAGAUGAUGUAGUGGCAGACGAGUUGUGUACUAGACGAGAGUAUGCUAGAUGGCUGGUUCGUUCUAAUUUGUUAUUAGAGAGAAAUCCAAUGCACAGGAUUGUGCCAGCAGUAGCUUUAGCUGGCUCUUCAAUUCCUGCAUUUGACGAUAUAAAUAUAGCUGACCCUGACUUCGAGUACAUUCAAGCCCUGGCAGAGGCAGGCAUUACUUCAAGCAAGCUAUCCGUAAAAGAUUCUCAAAAUGAUUCGGGAAACAAUAAUUUCUACCCUGAGAGUUUUGUUUCCCGACUCGAUUUGGUUAACUGGAAAGCUCAAUUGGAGUGUGGUUUCCAUCCAGAAAUUAUGGAAGAGAUAUCAAGGACAAAGGUAGACUAUAUAGACACGAAGAAUAUCAAUCCUGAUAUGGCUCUCGGAUUCUUCUUGGACUUCUUGAUGGGUGACAAGAGUACGAUCAGAAACGUUUUUGGUAGGAUCAAGCGGUUUCAGCCAAAUAGACCUGUUACAAAAGCACAAGCAGCUGUAGCAUUAACAAGCGGUAAAAUGGUGGAAGCUAUUUCAGCAGAGCUAUCAAGGUUAGAAGCAGAUUCCCUCUCGCAGAAAGCUGAGACGGAAGAAAUCAGAUCGGAAUUGCUAGAAAAAGGUGAAAUAAGGCAAUUUUGGGAUGAGAAGAUUCAGGCAGAGAGAUCCCGAGGACUUGAGAUGGAAGAGCUGUAUCUCUCCAGAGUUGGUGAAUUAGAAGAAGAGAAAAUCGCUCAGCAGAAGUGGUUUGCAGAGCGUUUGAAAGAGAAAGCAGCCACAGAUUGUCAGAAACAGUUGCUUAAUAGCUUGAGUGAGGAAAUUGAUGAGAUGUCUCAGAGGCUAAUAUCCGAUAAAUCCGUUUAUCUGACUGAGCACAGCAAGUUACAAGAGAUGCUAAGUGACAUACAAUCUAAACUUGAGUCGCUUAUCGACAAAAGAUCUAUCCUCGAAGCUGAAGUCGAAGCUCUUCGGAUUCUAAGAUCUUGGAUAGAGGAUGAAGCUAAGGCAAGCCAAGCCAGAGCUAAGAAUCAGAAUCCAGUGAAGGGUCUAAAUAUGAGUUUUCACACCAUAUCAUGGUUUGUUGUUGCUGCUUCCAUUGCAGCAGUUACUGUUAAGCGGCUCAACGUUAAACCCUCCAAACCGAGCAAACCAUCAGAUAAUGGCAAAGGAGGCGAUAAAGAACAGUCUGUGGAUCCCAACAACAAUCUCAAUGACAAGAAUGUGCAAGAGGAGGAAGAAGAAGAAGAAGAGGUGAAACUAAUCAACAGCGUAAUCAAUCAGACUCGUGGAAGUUUCUCGGACUAUUUAGAUGAUGAUAUUUUACCCGAGUUUGAAGAUCUUUUAUCUGGUGAGAUUGAGUAUCCAUUGCCUGAUGAUGAUAAUAACUUGGAGAAAGCUGAGAAAGAGAGGAAAUAUGAAGUCGAAAUGGCGUAUAACGAUGGUGAGCUCGAAAGGUUGAAACAGUUAGUUAAGGAGCUAGAAGAAAGAGAAGUGAAACUCGAAGGUGAAUUGCUCGAGUAUUAUGGACUUAAAGAGCAAGAAUCGGAUAUCGUUGAGUUACAAAGACAGCUCAAGAUCAAGACUGUUGAGAUCGAUAUGUUAAACAUCACUAUUAAUUCUCUGCAAGCUGAGAGGAAAAAGCUUCAAGAAGAGCUCUCACAAAACGGUAUAGUAAGAAAGGAGCUUGAAGUGGCGAGAAACAAGAUCAAAGAGUUGCAGAGGCAAAUCCAACUCGAUGCUAAUCAGACGAAAGGACAGUUACUGUUGCUUAAGCAGCAUGUAUCAAGUCUUCAAAUGAAAGAAGAAGAAGCUAUGAAUAAAGAUACCGAAGUAGAGAGGAAGCUUAAAGCUGUACAGGAUUUGGAAGUGGAAGUUAUGGAACUCAAGAGAAAAAACAGAGAGCUUCAACAUGAGAAGAGAGAGUUAUCCAUUAAACUCGAUUCAGCGGAAGCAAGAAUUGCAACUCUUUCAAACAUGACCGAGAGCGAUAAAGUGGCGAAAGUUAGAGAAGAGGUUAACAAUUUGAAGCAUAACAAUGAGGAUUUAUUAAAGCAAGUGGAAGGGCUUCAAAUGAAUAGGUUCAGUGAAGUUGAGGAAUUGGUUUAUCUCCGUUGGGUCAAUGCAUGUUUACGGUAUGAGUUAAGAAACUACCAGACACCAGCUGGUAAAAUCUCAGCUCGUGACUUAAGCAAGAACCUAAGCCCCAAGUCCCAAGCAAAAGCAAAACGGUUAAUGCUAGAGUAUGCUGGUUCAGAGCGUGGCCAAGGAGAUACCGACUUAGAAAGCAACUACUCUCAACCUUCAUCUCCGGGAAGCGAUGAUUUCGAUAAUGCUUCGAUGGAUAGUUCCACUAGUAGGUUGAGUAGUUUUAGCAAGAAACCAGGAUUGAUUCAGAAACUCAAGAGAUGGGGCAAAAGCAAGGAUGAUUCGAGCGUUCAAUCAUCGCCUUCAAGAUCAUUCUAUGGAGGAUCACCGGGAAGACUUAGCUCGAGCAUGAAUAAACAGAGAGGUCCUUUAGAAUCUUUGAUGAUUAGAAACGCCGGUGAAUCCGUAGCCAUAACAACAUUUGGUCAAGUGGAUCAAGAAUCUCCUAGUACCCCUGAAACACCGAAUCUUCCUAGAAUCCGAACACAACAACAAGCUUCUUCUCCGGGUGAGGGUUUGAAUUCCGUUGCAGCAUCGUUCCACGUGAUGUCUAAAUCGGUUGACAAUGUUUUGGAUGAGAAGUAUCCUGCGUACAAAGACAGGCAUAAGUUGGCAGUUGAAAGAGAGAAGCACAUUAAGCAUAAAGCAGAUCAAGCAAGAGCAGAGAGAUUUGGCGGUAAUGUGGCUUUGCCUCCUAAACUUGCUCAACUAAAGGAGAAAAGGGUUGUGGUUCCCUCCGUGAUCACAGCCACAGGUGAUCAGUCUAACGAGUCAAAUGAGUCUAACGAAGGUAAAGCCAGCGAAAACGCUGCAACUGUAACCAAAAUGAAGCUUGUAGACAUUGAGAAACGACCUCCUAGAGUACCUCGCCCGCCUCCAAGAUCAUCUGGAGCUGGUAAAAGUACCAAUUUGCCUUCAGCAAGACCUCCCUUACCUGGUGGAGGUCCACCACCACCUCCUCCACCACCUGGCGGUGGGCCUCCUCCUCCACCUGGUGGUGGGCCGCCGCCACCACCACCGCCUCCUGGAGCACUUGGAAGAGGAGCGGGAGGCGGCAACAAAGUUCACCGAGCUCCUGAGCUUGUUGAGUUUUAUCAAUCAUUGAUGAAACGUGAAUCGAAGAAAGAAGGUGCACCUUCUUUGAUCUCUUCAGGAACUGGUAAUUCAUCAGCAGCUAGGAACAAUAUGAUUGGGGAAAUCGAGAACCGAUCAACAUUCCUCUUAGCAGUAAAAGCGGAUGUGGAGACACAAGGGGACUUUGUACAGUCGUUAGCAACUGAAGUCCGAGCUGCUUCUUUCACCGACAUAGAAGAUCUCUUGGCGUUCGUUAGCUGGCUAGAUGAAGAGCUCUCCUUUUUGGUUGAUGAAAGGGCAGUUCUUAAACACUUUGAUUGGCCAGAAGGUAAAGCUGAUGCGCUACGAGAAGCAGCUUUUGAAUAUCAAGAUCUCAUGAAACUGGAGAAGCAAGUUACUUCUUUUGUCGAUGAUCCUAAUCUCCCUUGUGAACCUGCUUUGAAGAAGAUGUACAAGUUGCUAGAGAAGGUUGAACAAAGUGUAUACGCGCUUUUACGUACAAGAGACAUGGCGAUUUCACGAUAUAAAGAAUUCGGGAUUCCAGUUGAUUGGUUAUCUGAUACCGGCGUCGUAGGGAAGAUCAAGCUUUCCUCAGUCCAGCUCGCGAAGAAGUACAUGAAACGAGUAGCUUAUGAGCUUGAUUCAGUGAGUGGCUCUGAUAAAGAUCCUAACAGAGAGUUCUUGCUUCUCCAAGGUGUUCGCUUCGCGUUUAGAGUCCAUCAGUUUGCUGGAGGGUUUGAUGCAGAGAGCAUGAAAGCAUUUGAAGAACUUAGAAGCAGAGCCAAAACUGAAAGUGGAGGAGACAAUAAUAGUAAUAAUAACAAUGAAGAAGAAUCUGUAAACUGAGUUUAUUACUUUCGUUUUUCUUCUAUGUAUCAUUUGUAACACAUACUUGAUUUAUAGUACAGUGAAUUUAUAGACUAUUGUAAAAAGAAAUACAUUUUUUGUGUAGGUUUGCAAUUAUUUAUAUUUUGUUAUUUGUUUACUAUAUUUUAGAUAAUAAAUUCGCAAUAAAUUU